AUGCCAAAGAACCAGAACCACGAGAUUUGGCUCAACAAUUAUUUUGACCAGAACAAUGUCAACGGAGAACUUUCCGAAACUAGCCAAGAGAUCGCCGACAAAUGCAACGCGGCAUGUGACACGAAAUUGUUCAAGAGGGGACCAGCACCUAAAAACCGACUGAUAAUGAUCGAUGGUGUUGAUUCGCAGACUGUAGGACGACACAUGGGCGAGCGCAAAGCCAAAAAGGAUGAUCAGCCGCGAGCCAUACGUCGCAACAAUGAAGAGGUGAAGAAGUUUGAAGCUGUGUACAAGAUCAGAAGUCGCCCAUGGACAGGUGACAAGAUGCUUUUGAUGGACGUAAAUAAUAUAACCCACGACAAGGUUAAGACCUACUUUGAAGAGAAAGCCAGGCAGGAAGCCAAGAAAGCGAAGAAAGCUGGCGGGCAGCAGCUACAAGACUGGCAGGAUCUACAAAGCUCAAGGGUUCGCUCAAACAAAUAUGCCUACAAGAUGUGGGCAGAGUACAAAAAAGAUGAGGCGGAGUAUGUGCGAAAGUUGAAGAAUGGUUUGAUGAGCCUCGAGACAGGCGAGGUUAUCGAAGGAAACUCGAGCGAGCAUCCCAGCUCAGUAUUGAAUCCAAACAACGGGCACUUGCUAAGCAUGGACGACGUUGACCGUUCCGUGGAAGCUGUCGAAGAAGGUGCCAACGAGGUUGUAAAUGAGGUCAGCAAUGAAAGUGCUCAUUCUAUGGGAAUUAGCAUGGAAAGUGUGCCUGAUACUCGCAAUAGAUAUGGCUCAACGACUAGUCCCUCUAAGUACCCCACCCGCCAAAAUAAUUUUCCUCCAAUCAAGGGCCAGGAUAAGGAGAGUGUGGACCAGAAGAGAUUGAGCGAUACAAAUCGCAGUGUUCAAAAUGUUGGCUCGCAGAUGAGCUUCAAUGACAACAGCUUGGGUACAGGUAGCUCAAGUGACAAACACUUCAGUCAGGAUCCAGAAUCUUAUGAUGACCGGCUUGAUGCGCCACAGCCGAAGACAAACCUUUCGAAGGUUAAAACUUUCGCUUUCCAGACCCCGUCGGAUGGUGGUGGACAUAUUCCGGGACUCAUGCAGCCCUCAACCAGCUAUGUGGUCCAUCCAAGUCACAUCGAUACCAUGCACAUGGGCCUCCGAGCAAGUAAUCGCGAUCGAUCGAGCAACAUUGGUGGCAGCAGAUUAGAUGGAAGUGGAUGGCAAUACCGGCGGAAAGAACAAUCUGCUAUUUCCCAAGCACAAAUUAAGGGAUCUAGCCAGGUGGACUAUGAGGUUCAGGAUAUCAUCGAAUAUCCGAACAAUUCGAGCCAAAUGGUGUCCGCUGCCUCGUCGAAGAAGAGGAGAAAGGCUCUGUUUGAGGAGGAACCGUUUGAUAUCAGACCAUUGAAGAGACAGGAACGACUCAAGUCUGAGGAACAACCCGAGCGUGAGCAACAAUUCCAGCAUCAAAGACAGUACGAUGGGCUCGAUGUCGGAGUAGGUGAUGGCAGUGAAGGACAUGCACCGGAACUAAGCGGUGGAAUGCCCUUGAGCAUGGAACAGCCUCCUGAAUGGUAUUGGAUGCUAAAUACUGCUGCGCUCCUUGAUCAACCCCACAACCGUGGCAUUUCACAUCAAGGAGGAGAGGUUGACAUCUCGAGCAAUGCCGCUUACCUGAAAGGUAGUCUGGAGACUGGAUCCAUCGUUUCCAGAGAAAAUCAGCCUCUACAACAAAACAAUAGGCUGCCUGGCGACAGAGCCAAAAAUGCUGCCGACGGAGGUGAGGUCAAUAAGGAAUCCCAAAGCGCCGGCAAUGGAUCCUGCCUUGACGAGGAGUACGUCACAAGAGAGGAAGAUCAGCCUGGCUACAUCCCAGAAACCUCAAGUGUUAUGGGAUAUACGAACGCUUGGUAUUACCAAGGUAGACUUCGUACAUCAAAUCCGCCAGCCGAAAAUCCUUUACGAUUUCAGGAUUGUUAA